AAGAACCUAAACAUUAUCUUUCAAGAAAUUAUCACUUUUUCAGUUCCUGGCUUUCAAAAUGACCAAGAAGGGGAGGAACAACAGGCGCGCCAAGAAGGGCUACAGCCACAUGCAGCCCAUCCACUGCACCAACUGCACCCGCUACAUGCCCAAGGACAAGGCCCUCAAGAAGUUCGUCAUCCACAACAUCGUGGAAGCCGCAGCCAUCAGGGACAUCUCCAAGGCCUGUGUCUUCAACUCCUAUGUGCUGCCCAAACUGCAUGUGAAACUGCAUUACUGUGUGAGCUGCACGAUCCACAGCAAGGUAGUGAGGAAUCAGUCCCGUGAGGCACGAAAGAUCAGACAUCCACCCCACUUCAGACCUCUGGUGCUGCCUCCAGACCAAAGCUUAUGUAAAGAGCCAUCUGUCCAUCAACAUGCCUGAACUGAUCAGAGGAAAAUAAAAUGGUUGGUCAACCUUUAAAAAAAAAAAAAGAAAGAAAGAAAUUAUCACAG